AUGUUCCACAACCUCCUACCUCUCCUAGCGCUCUGCGCCAACCCGGUCCGCGCCCAGCUCCUCCAAUGCUCAGCCAACACCGUGGGCACGACCUACAACGGCACCGCCGGCUCGGAGCAGCAGCUCAACAGCACCACCAUCCGCACCGUGCCCGCCCGCGACGCCAACCAAGGCGUCGCUGUCGACGCCACGCACUACUACUCCAUCGACAACUACUCCAUCACCAAGCACCACAAGGCCAACGGCACCGCGAUCCAGCAAUGGGCGGGCUCCCCGUCGGGGCCCAUCAUCCACCUCGACGGCGGCACCGUCAUCAACGGCACGCUCUUCUGCCCGCACAGCAACUACCCGCAGUCGCCCAUCACGUCGUCCGUGGAGACGUGGGACGUCGCGACCAUGCAGCACACGCACUCCCACAGCUUCGGCAUCUACCGCGGCAGUCUGACGUGGGUCGACCAGCAUCCCUAUACGGGCGUGUGGUACGGUGCCUUCGCCAACUAUGACCGCGUGCAGGCGGGCCAGGUGGCGCCGUACGGCCUCACGAUGAAUACGCAGUUGGUCGAGUUCGUCGACGGCGUCGACUGGGAGGUCGCGCGCAGCUGGAUCUUUCCGGAGGAGCUGCGCCAGAGUUUCAGCCCCAUGAGCAACAGUGGGGGAAGCUUUGGGCGGGAUGGCUGGCUUUACGUGGCGGGGCAUGAUGCGAGCGAGGUGUAUGUCAUGGGGUUCCCGAGCGCGGGCAGUAUCUUGACGUGGGUGGCCACGAUACAGGCGCCGGAGAUUGCGGGACAGGGCAUUGCGUGGGACCGAAGUGGCCUCAAUGGCACGGCGGUAACGGGGCAGACGGGCAGCUUGUAUGGCAUCAGUCGCGAGAGCAGAGAAGUGGUCGAGAUGGAAGCGCCUCUGCAGAAUUGCACGGGAGGCUUGCCUCUGCAGGUGGGAAGGGCUCUGCCGCCUGGGCAGUUCGAGGACGUUGGAGGGGAUUGA